AUGUCGUCGGAUCCGCAGCCAAAAGAUGACGAAGCAGAUGACAAAGGAGAAAAUUGUCUCGUUGAGAAGUGUGCUGAGGUCGAUGAAACUGAAAGAACGCUUGGUAUUUCCGAGUACCUCACUUCAGGCAAAGGAUUCUCUGCUGUGAUGAAGGCAAGAUACGCAGACUUUUUGGUUCACGAAGUGGGUCUUGAUGGAAAGAUCGCGAAACUGACAGAUACUACAGUACCAACCUCCUCUAAUCAAUCACAAACUGAAACUAAAGCAAAGGAAGAAGCCAAGAAGGAAGAAGCCAAGAGAGAGGAAGUAUCAAGUGGGAGAAAACCGUAUGAUUGGCCAGCGUUGCAAUCUCAGCUUGUGGACAUGAUCAAGGACGAAUCCAUAGCAGAAAAGCUAAUGCAUAUCCUACAGACACAUAACAAGAAAGAGGACUGCGAAGAAAAAUACAUCACCAUGCCGGCUCUGGAGAAGGAUCAACGUCGAUUCGUUCAUGAAUGGGUACGCAACUCUGUUCCUUGUGCUCGCAGUGAUAGCGCUGAUGGUCACAUACGUAUUUGGCACUGCAAGUUUGAGAAGGAAAUGUCCAACUAUAAGACAUUUGCAGAUCCGCGCAAGAAGAAGCGAAAAAUGGAAUGGCCAAAGGAUCGCCCUGACUUUCUUCAGUUUGUGCUCUACAAAGAAAAUGUGGAUACUACUACAGCGGUGAAAGAUCUGAGUCGCAAGGGGGGGAAGGCACGGAUCGGAUAUGCGGGAAUGAAAGACAAACGAGGGAUCACCACACAAUUCUGCACGUUGUAUCGCAUCGAGCCACAACAAAUUGCGUCUCGGCGGAACGCUUCAGGUGGUGGAAACACAAAUCAACGGGGAUACAGUGUAGUGCAAGUUGGAAACUUUGAAUAUGUCUCAGAAGAACUACGGUUGGGAAGGCUGACGGGAAAUCGAUUCGACAUUGUUCUGAGAAACGUUCAAAGGACUGAUGAUGACAGUGUUCAGAAAGAACAACUUCUGGAAGCCGCAAAGUCAAUGAAAGAGAAGGGUUUUGUGAACUACUUUGGAACUCAACGUUUUGGAAAAUACAACGAUACACACAAAGUCGGUGUAGCCGUGCUUCAAGGAGACUACAAGAAGGCAGCCGACAUUAUCAUGGAACCAAAGCCUGGUGACAGAAAAGAUGCCGCUGAAGGUCGCCUAGAUUGGCAGAAUCGCUUUGAAAAAGGCGAGUCCGCAGAAGCUGAAGCAGAAUGUGCCAAACGAGUCAUUAGGUCAUUGAAUCGUUUUAUGACUGCGGAAACAUCACUUAUGCAAAGUUUGUCAAGGAAACCACUGGACUACAAGCGGGCCUUUAGCUGCAUUCCAAAGAAUUUGCGUAUGAUGUUUGUCCACGCAGUGCAAAGUUUGAUUUGGAACAAAGCGGCCUCGUUCAGGGUUUCGUCGAUGGACAAGGACAAUGUCAUGGUUGGGGAUUUGGUACUUGGUGAAGGCAGAGGGAACACAAAGACAAUAACGCAAGAAGACAUUGAUAAAGGCACAUAUACGCUCGACGACAUUGUUGCCCCAUUGAUCGGCACAAAGAGUGUUCUUCCAGAGAACGAGCUCGGCGAGUUCAUGAAGACCAAAAUGGAGUCCGAGCUCGGAGUUACAGUUGAUAUGUUCAAGAAGAUACAGGACAAAGAUCUGGCAAUCUAUGGAGACUACCGCAAGAUCUUCUGUCGUCCAAAGGAUUUCGAUUAUGACGUGAAGGAAUAUUUCGAUCCUUUGCAGCCACUGCUACAAACGGACUUAAUGAAGUUAAAUGAUGAGAAUGUUGAAAUAAAGCCGAAGAGUGAAGAGCAUAAUCAAUUGAAAGUGGCCAUGGUUGUAGGCUUCACGUUACCUUCGUCCUCAUAUGCUACGAUUGCUGUUCGAGAAUUGACGAAACGGCCUACCUCAAACGAGUAUCAAAAGGAGUUGAAUCUAUAG